ACAAAGAAAGUCUAAGUCGAAGGUGCACGAGAACCUUCUAACACUUGGUUCGCCAGUCAAGUCCAUCCUCAGUUCCCAAUUCGAUUCCUUUUCACUGCGUUCUCUACAGCUCACCCACCCAUCAUGGGCGACUCUGACGAGGUCGAGAGCAUCAGCCCUUAUGGGCCUGCUCGGUCGACAAUCAAGGGCACGCCGCUCGCCGAGGGCGAGAUCCAGAAGUACAACGACUUCUUCAAGGCCAGCUUGUACCUCAGUCUGGGCAUGAUCUACCUCCGUGAGAACCCGCUCCUCAAAGAGCCGCUGAAGAAGGAGCACCUCAAAGCCCGUCUCCUCGGCCAUUUCGGUUCUGCUCCAGGCCAAAUCUUUACCUACAUGCACUUCAACCGGCUGAUCUCCAAAUAUGACCUGGAUGCCAUCUUCAUCUCGGGCCCAGGCCACGGCGCGCCUGCCGUGCUCUCGCAGGCCUAUCUGGAGGGCACUUAUUCCGAAGUGUAUCCGGAGACGUCGGAGGACGAAGAAGGUCUGCAGAGAUUCUUCAAGCGGUUCUCUUUUCCCGGCGGAAUCGGCUCGCACGCCACUCCGGAAACCCCCGGGAGCAUCCACGAGGGUGGUGAACUGGGGUACUCCAUAUCUCAUGCCUUCGGCGCCGUCUUUGACCACCCAGACCUGAUCGCCCUCACCAUGGUGGGCGACGGCGAAGCGGAGACAGGCCCUCUGGCUACCUCGUGGCACAGCACCAAGUUCCUCAACCCCAUCACCGACGGAGCCGUGUUGCCGGUUCUGCACCUAAACGGCUACAAGAUCAACAACCCGACCAUUCUGGCCCGGAUCAGCCACAAGGAGCUCGAGAACCUGUUCAGGGGCUACGGCUAUGAGCCGUACUUCGUCGAGGGCGACGACAUCGAUUCCAUGCACCAGGCGAUGGCGGCGACGCUAGAACACUGCGUGCUCGAGAUCAGGAAAUUCCAGAAGCAGGCGAGGGAGUCGGGCAAGGCGUUCCGGCCUCGGUGGCCGGUCGUCAUCCUCCGCACCCCGAAGGGCUGGACCGGUCCUCGCAAGGUCGAUGACAAGUACUUGGAAGGCUUCUGGAGGGCGCAUCAGGUGCCCAUCACCGACGUCCACGAGAAUCCGGACCAUCUCAAGCUGCUCGAGAGCUGGAUGCGCGGCUACGAGCCGGACCGUCUGUUCGCAAACGGCAGGCCUGCCCCCGCGCUGAAGGCCCUCUGCCCCACGGGCAACCGCCGCAUGAGUGCCAACCCGGUGGCCAACGGCGGCCUGCUGAGGAAGCCGCUCAAGAUGCCCGACUUCCGCAACUACGCCGUCAAGGUGGACAAGCCGGCCGUCACCAUGGACGCCAGCAUGACAAACAUGGCCAGGUUCCUGCGCGACGUGAUCGCCCUGAACCCGACCAACUUCCGCCUCUUCGGCCCGGACGAGACCGAGUCCAACAAGCUCGCCAACGUGUACCAGGCGGGGCGAAAAGUCUGGAUGGGCGAGUACUUCGAAGAAGACGAGGAUGGCGGCAACCUGGCCCACGCCGGACGGGUCAUGGAGAUGCUUUCGGAGCACACCUGCGAGGGCUGGCUCGAGGGCUACAUCCUCAGCGGCCGCCACGGUCUGCUGAACAGCUACGAGCCCUUCAUCCACGUCAUCGACUCGAUGGUCAACCAGCACUGCAAGUGGCUCGAGAAGUGCCUGGAGGUGGAAUGGCGGAACAAGGUGGCGUCGCUGAACAUCCUCCUGACCGCCGUGGUGUGGAGGCAGGACCACAACGGCUUCACGCACCAGGACCCGGGCUUCCUUGACGUGGUGGCGAACAAGUCGCCCGAAGUGGUGCGCAUCUAUCUCCCGCCCGACGGCAAUUGCCUGCUGUCGUGCAUGGACCACUGCCUGCGCUCCUCCAACUACGUCAACGUCGUCGUGGCCGACAAGCAGGAGCACCUGCAGUACCUGCCCAUGGAGGACGCCGUCGUGCACUGCACCAAGGGGAUCGGCAUCUGGCCGCAGUUCUCGACGGACCGCGGCGACGAGCCCGACGUGGUGAUGGCGUCGUGCGGCGACAUCUCGACGCACGAAUCGCUCGCCGCCAUCGACCUCCUGCUCCAGCACUUCCCCGACCUCAAGAUCCGCUGCGUCAACUGCGUCGACCUCUUCAAGCUCAUCUCGCACGUCGACCACCCGCACGGCCUGACCGACGCCGAGUGGGUCGCCCUCUUCACAGCCGACAAGCCCGUCAUCUUCAACUUCCACAGCUACCCUUGGCUGGUGCACCGCCUCGCCUACAAGCGGCCCGGCUCGCACAACCUGCACGUGCGCGGCUACAAGGAGAAGGGCAACAUCGACACGCCGCUCGAGCUGGCGAUCCGCAACCAGACGGACCGCUUCAGCCUGGCCAUCGACGCCAUCGAUCGCAUGCCGCAGCUGAAGAACCGGGGCGCGGCCGCCCGCGAGGCCCUGCAUAACGCCCAGAUCAAGGCCCGGAACCAGGCUUUUGAGGACGGGAUCGACCCGCCUUUCCUGAAGAAUUGGACGUGGCCGCACACGGGGCUGUGGAAGGCUGCCAUUCCGAAGUUGAUGGGUUGAGCGUCUGAGAGACUGAGACUGUUCGAGAAAGGUUUUCGCUUUUGCUGAUUCGGUCUGGAAUCUGGAUUGGGAUUGGGAUCUGUGGAUGAUUUGAUGUGAUGAGUAGAGUGUGGACGGGCAAGGGGCGUCCGGGAUUUGUUUCUGGAAGAUCCAAGAGAAGAUAGCAAUGCUUAUUCCUAGAGUAGAGCCGUCAUGUCUGAGAGAGGUUUGUCCGUCUCCCCUGGCUGGCUUUGACCAAGGGAC